AAUAAUUCUUUAUUACAAACGCGCGGUCGCCUUCACAGUAUAGCUGAAAUGGUAACAGAUUGGGCGCCUCGUUCAGCAUGCCUUUAUAGUUCACCGCGGUUAUCAGGUCCGUAUGCAGGCACCCGAUGCGGGCCACCAAGGGCUUCAGUUUCCGGUACAGUUCCAGCUCCGUCAGGGGUGCUUUGA